GGGUCCACUUUUGCAACAGUGAUACUAUAGUAACCACUGACAUAAAUGCAUGUUUUUUUAUUCUUAGAAAAGUACGAUUUUAUAAACAAAAACAAAAUGUUACAGAUCACUUAUUUUAUCAGCUAAGGCGCUCUUAUUUAUAGAGGUGGUUAGUUGUAAUAGACGAUCUUCGAAGUUUGGUUCUGUAUACACGGAUCACAACAAUAAUGGCGGCUGCAGCACGACUUUUCCUUCGAGGCGUAUACUCGAAACUUCCUAUCUCCAGUGUAUCGACGGUACCGCAAAGCCCAUUUGGACCUGCAUUGCUGAAACUGUCACCGAACUGCAACUCCGAUCCCAAAACACAGCGUAGACAUGCAGCACACUUCACCUUCCAGCCCGACCUCGUCCCGACCCAGUAUGGACCAACACAGAAGAUGAAUUUUUUCCAGUCAAUUACGAGUGCCUUGGACAACACUCUUUCAAGUGACCCCACAGCAGUCAUCUUUGGGGAAGAUGUGGCGUUCGGUGGAGUGUUCCGAUGCACAGUCGGUCUGAGAGACAAAUACGGUAAGGAUCGAGUCUUCAACACUCCACUUUGUGAGCAGGGAAUUGUGGGAUUCGGUAUUGGUGUAGCUGUGGCAGGAGCCACAGCUAUUGCUGAGAUCCAGUUUGCAGACUACAUCUAUCCCGCAUUCGACCAGAUUGUCAACGAAGCUGCCAAGUACCGCUACCGCUCUGGUAACUUGUUUGAUUGUGGCAACCUCACCAUUCGGGCUCCCUGGGGAUGUGUCGGCCAUGGAUCCCUCUACCAUUCCCAAAGCCCAGAGGCUUUCUUCGCCCAUUGUCCGGGCAUUAAGGUUGUAGUACCUCGCAGCCCAGUGCAGGCCAAGGGUCUACUUCUCUCCUGCAUCGCUGAUAAGAAUCCCUGCAUUUUCUUUGAACCCAAGAUCCUUUACAGAGCAGCAGUGGAGCAGGUUCCCACAGAAGCCUACACUAUUCCACUCUCACAGGCGGAGGUUGUGGAGGAAGGAAGUGAUGUCACAUUGAUCGCCUGGGGUACUCAGGUACAUGUGAUGAAGGAAGUGGCACAAAUGGCUCAGGAGAAACUGGGUGUAUCCUGUGAGGUCAUUGACCUACGCACUAUCCUGCCAUGGGAUGCUGAAACUGUUUGCAAGUCGGUGGUGAAAACUGGACGUUUGGUCAUUAGUCAUGAGGCCCCAAUAACUGGAGGAUUUGCUGCUGAAAUCAGCUCUACAGUACAAGAGGAGUGUUUCCUUAAUUUGGAGGCUCCCAUUACUAGGGUGUGUGGUUAUGACACUCCCUUCCCUCAUAUUUUUGAACCAUUCUACAUCCCAGACAAGUGGAAGUGCUUUGAUGCAAUCAAGAAGAUGAUCAACUUCUAAAGUGGAAUAUGACGUCAGCGCUCAUCCCCGCUGUUCGCCAUCUCACUCCAGCAAGACUUUUCCGCCUCAUCUGUCAUCAUGGCCAAGUGAUUCACUUCAACUAUCUCAACCACUCUUGUUCCAGAGCCAGCUCCUGAAAGCCCUAAACGGCGAGCUCCCCAUUUUCCUCCUUCAGUGGAGAGCAGCCAAGAAAAGACACUUUGUUGACCAUCCAGUAAGGAAGCUGUGGCCAGAUGACUCCGUGUCCCUGUGUGCCCUCACAACUAAUAACUUGACAUGACGUCUGGAUUAGAAAACUUUAUUCUAUAAUGUCCUUGAUGGCAACUAUGAGGGCGACAUGAUCCAUUAUUAUAUUUUACUGUAUUUGAGUUGGUCUUCUGGAAUAAAAUGGCAUUCUAUCAUUUAA